UGACAUUUGAAAGCAAUCUGUCAUAGAUUAAUAAUAUAGUAUGCAAUCUGUCCUGUCACUAUAAUAUGGCCGCCAAAUUUAUCAGUUCUGCUAUAUCAUCUUACAGAAAUAUUUAGCCGAAAAUAGCGAACAGUGGACAAAAAUUUAGCUGCUUAUAGUGUUAUUUACUUUAUUUUAAGACUGUUUUAUUAAUUUCGAAGGAGCAACAUGAAGGUGACACUAAAAAAUCUUCAGCAACAAACGUUUAUUGUAGAUAUAGAAGCGACAAAAACGGUUAAACAACUUAAACAGAAGAUUGAAACGGAAAAGGGAAAAGAUUAUCCUUCUGAAAACCAGAGACUGAUCUAUGCAGGCAAAAUACUUACAGAUGAAACAGUUUUGUCAGAAUAUAACAUCGAUGAAAAGAAAUUUAUUGUAGUUAUGGUUACAAAGCCAAAGCAACCAGAGAAAACAGAUAGUGGAGAUGGAAACUCUACUCCAGCCAGUAAUACCCCUGCUACUCCAGCAACACAACCAGCUCCCACCAGUACCCCAGUCGCAUCAGAGGAUACUCCACCACCUGCCUCCGCCCCCACCACUCAAGCUGCUUCUGAAGCACCUUCUACUAUAAGUAGCGUAGCCGAAUCCACCCUGCUUAUGGGUGAGGAAUACGAGACCAUGGUGAGGAACAUUAUGGAUAUGGGAUAUGCAAGAGACGAAGUUGAACAAGCACUGAGGGCUAGCUUUAAUAAUCCAGAUAGGGCAGUAGAAUAUUUGAUAAAUGGUAUACCUCUUAUGGAUGAUCAGGAGGCAGUCAGUGAAACUGCUGAUCUCUCAGGUGUAGACGAAAGACAGUCUGAAUCAGACGACCCUUUGGCAUUUUUGAGGACUCAACCCCAGUUUCAACAAAUGAGACAAGUCAUCCAACAGAACCCACAGCUGUUGAAUGCUGUGCUACAACAAAUCGGAACAACCAACCCUGCUUUGUUACAGUUAAUAUCCCAGAAUCAAGAGUCUUUUGUGAGGAUGCUCAAUGAACCUGCCAGCGGGGGAGCACCAACGACUGGAAGUGGGACUGUACCUAGUGGGGGAGGUGCAUUAGGAGGAUCUCAAGCAGCCGCAGGCGGACCGCCACAAGGCAUGAUCCAAGUCACCCCACAAGACAAGGACGCCAUCGAAAGGCUGAAAGCCUUGGGCUUCCCCGAACACCUAGUAGUGCAGGCCUAUUUCGCUUGUGAAAAAAAUGAAAACUUGGCGGCUAACUUCUUACUCUCCCAAAAUUUCGAUGAAUAAUUCUUAUGCUUUAAGUUUUUAUUUUUCUUUUUUGAUAAAGCUCCCAUCCACGUUAAUAGCAUUUUCAGUUUAAUGUUGAUAAGCGAGUUGAGGGCACACACCUUAUUCUAUAUAUAACUUAUGUAUAAAUACAAAUCUUGUGUAUAUUAGCGAUUUUUCUUGAAACAUCGAAGAAUCUAGAUGUUAAGAGGCAUGUAGAGAAUUCAAUAAAUGUAAUAAACAAU